AAAUCAAAACUAUAAAUUAUUUUUUUACCUGCUGGUAAUUAUGGAUCUGAUGCAACUUGUACCUGAACCCAUGUCAAAAAAUCCGAAUGAGAAAGUUGUCCAUAAAUGUCAACUUGAAUAUAAACCCGACCAUGUAAAGUCACUUUAUCCUGAUGAUGAUUUAAUAAAUAACAUGAAAAAGUGGAUUAUAAAAAGAUGCAUCUUGUCACGUAGACAUCCAGUAACUAAGACUUGGAUAAGAAGCAACGCAGCUGUCAAAUCACAAAUUAAUAAUCAUAUCAAUAAUUAUCCAUUUAUGAUUCAUCCGUUUAGCGAAUUUAGAAAUUUUUGGGAAACGUUUAUUAUAUUUUUCACAUUAUUUACUCUUUUAUUAAUUCCCUUUGUUAUAACUUUUUAUUAUAAAUAUUUUUAUCAGUGGAUUUACGUUAUCUUUGUUAUAAAUAUCAUAUUUUUAUUUGAUAUCUUUCUUAAUUUUUUUACCGGAUACUUUGAAAGUAAGACAAGAGAAAUUAUUUUGUCCAGAAAAAUUGUUGCUCGGAAAUAUUUAGAAAGAUGUUUCAUACUGGAUUUACUAUCAGCAUUUCCAAAAAUAUUUCGUAUAAAAAAUAUUGUAAUUUAUUUACGGCGGUUUCGUAAUUUUCAUCAAAUAUCGUUUCAAGGAUACAAAGUACUGGAAAUGUCAGUAAUAUUAUUUACGAAUAUCCACUGGGCAACUUGUAUGGAAUGGUACAUACCGAUAAUUGUCGAUAAAUUUAAUUGGUUAUCAAACAAUGAAUCAUGGAUAGCAUCAGAGUCAUUAAAGACCCGGAAUACGACUCUGAGGAUGUACGUAGCUGGUGCUAAUCGAGCAACAAUAGCAUUGAUCGGUGGUUCACAUCACCUGGGUGUAAAAACGAUUGAUGAUAUUUUAUUUAAUUUAUUUCUGACUGUACUUGGCAGGAUCGGUAUUAUUUACAUACUCGCUCAAUUUUCAGGACUCAUGUCGACGUCUCACUCAACAAAGAAAAAAAAUUUUAAGUUACUUAGACAAUUAACAGAUUACAUGCGCUACAAAGAACUUCCUCGUCAUAUUCAGCACCGGGUGUUAAAUUAUUUUAAUUUCUGGUCGAACAAAAGUGUCAAGAAAGAUAAAGUUAUUAUUUCAAAUGUUUCUCCUAAUUUACGAGAAGAAUUAGUAAUGUAUAAUUGCAAAAGUUUAAUAGAAAAAGUUGAAUUUCUAAAACAUAUACCGGCAGCUAUUUUAUCCCAAGUUGUCAUGCAAUUAAAACCAGAAAUAUAUUUAGCCAAUGACGUAUUGGUAAAAGCUGGUACGAUUGGUGACGCAUUGUACUACAUAAUAACCGGUACUGUUGGAGUUUAUACAUCUGCUGGAAAAAAAGUAUGUAAUUUGGAGGACAAAUCGUACUUUGGAGAAGUAUCGCUUGUGAUGGAAAAUGAAAAACGAUUGGCUACAGUGAUUGCUUUGGAAACUUGCGAAGUUUAUAUCCUAAAGCGACAGGAUUUUAUUAAAAUAAUAAGUCCUUAUGAAAAUUUAAAAACCCGAUUGCAAAAAUUAACUAUAGAAAAAUUAGAUAAAUCUUUAUUGUACGAGACAUUACACAAGUGCGAUGGAUCUACUUCGAUAAACAUAAAUAUUUACGGGGACUCAACUUCUCAAGAUAUUUAAACAAGAAAUUUAAUUGUUAUUUUAUUUUAUACAUUAAAGGAUUUUUGUAUGAUUGCUGAUAGACAGAAGUAAGUCUCCAGUGUUCUGGAUAAUCAGCAUCCCGACAUCCCUCG